GUGUUAAAGCAAGCUGGCAACUCUGCGUCCUAUGCAUUUGGCUGUGAUAAAUAAAUUAAAAAUUUUGCACUUUUUCUAAUUUAUAACCAUGAAAUGUUUCAAAUAUGCAACGUUUGUUGCAUUUAAUGUGAUUGCCGCGUUGCUGUUAAGCGGAGUAUGCUGUUUUUUACAGCAGCAACCCACGAUUCGCAUUGAAAUGGACGAAGCCGGCAUGCACAGAAAACUAAAGUACACCGUGCAGUUUGAUAACACAUUCGCGAACUCGAAUUGUGUGUAUAUGCUGGCCCAACCUUUGCCUGCAGCCGUUUAUGUCAGCACCGACGAGCUGGACGGCCUCCAACGCUUGAAAAUGCUGGAUGCAGUGUAUCCGAAAUUCGUGGAUGUUGAAAUCAUCACCGAAAAGGCUGAACCGUUUUCGGUGCUGUUACGUGGAACGCCUAAGAUUACGGAUACCUUAACGUUGCCCAUUCAUUUCCGCUAUCACGCCGCGAGCCGUAACUACACCUCGGCCACGGUCGUAUUAGGCGCACUCCAACUUUAUCUGAGCUGUCCAAUGGGCGAUAAGGAACUCAUUGACACUGAAUUAUUAGAUGGACCCGAUAAGUUCUACUGCCUUGGCGAGCAUAAAACCGAUUUUGAAGAGCAAUCCAAACAGUUGACAGCCGAUAAUUGCAACUGGCGGCGAGUUAAGGCGGACUUCCAAACGGAGCGACCGCUGCACGCCGAGAUACCUGUGGGCGAUGCCAAUGACUAUAUAUUUGUUCUCUAUGCCACAAUUGCCCUUACCUGGACGGCGUCCAUUUGGACCAUACUGAGCACUCGGUCGGUAGCUCGUCGCAUCAAUGAAGAACUAACCGAGCAGCAUUUGCAGAUGCAGCUAGAGGACAAAGUUAAUUAACAGCGAUUCCAUUAUAUUACAAAAGGAUCCCGGCGUGAAAUAAUUCGUAAAAUAAGAUUCCAGCGAUAAACACCUCGCCAGACUAGAGUUUAUGCCAUAUUUGUAUAUAAUUUGGGCUCGUGCCGUCGUAGAGAUAAACCCGAGCGUAGUUCAACUGGAAGGCGGGUCCAAUAAAUGCCGGUAAAUGCUGAUUCCACAGACAAGGCCUUAUGCUGCUUAAGCAUUUUGUGAUUUCCCAUUGUAUACGUUUAUAUGUGUAUUCUGAGUACAUUAAACUUUGGAUGCUUUACACUAGGUUUAUGAAAUAAAUGUUAAGCAGCGCA